AUGAUCAAUGAUCAUCAUCAAUUAGUUUAUUUUCGACUGUUUUUCGUGAGUAAAAAAUAAAAUAAAAACCAUUCUUACUGAGAGCAAAUUCAGUUUAUCUUAUUAUUUUGAAACCUUUAGUUACAACGCAGUGGUUUCUCCUCUAAUUUCUUUAAACUCAUAUAACACAGAACUCAAACACGUGUUUGCAAGGAGCCCCUAAACGUAACGGAGACAUAAUGGGUUACCAGGCCGCGACGGCCAAGAUGGGGCGAAAGGUGAAAAGGGCGUGACAGGGCCCCCUGGACCACGUGGUGAGAAGGGAGAAAGGGGAUCAAGAAGAACAGACACCGAUCACUGGGAUUGGAAACAGUGCGCAUGGAGGAGUAGCGAUAGUCGUGAUAUUGGACUGAUCAAGGUUUGUUGAUUUCACAGGGAUCAAUGCUUCUAAAAGCCCUCUGGGCGAAAAGAACAUUUAACACUAAGUGAAUUUGGUUUUUUUCCGUUACUGUGUCAUGUGGUUCCUUUAGACAAAUCCUUAGUUUGCGUGUCUACCAAGGAUAGCACAUACAUCUGUUUCUAAGUCUGUUCUCCUUUGAACAGACAUAGAAAUAAUCGUUGUUUCUAUUGCUGCAGGAUUGUCAGUUUACUAAAACCAAUGAUGACACUGCUCUCCUUGUGUUUUACCAAGGAAAAGUAAACGUGGGAGGUUGUAACGACUGCUGCUAG